UGUCUUCUUAUGCAAGGGACAGCACUUUGACCGAUAGAGAUAUCAUCCACCAUACGAUUACACUGCUGUCCUGACUCCAAUUGCAUAAAAGACCAUUCGAUAUUCAUGUGCAAGGGUUGUUUGUCGUGUAUUUAUUUACGUCGGUCAAGAAGAGUUGCUCUUGGUGCAAAAAUUGGUCGUAAUAUAUUAUUGAAUACUAUCGGUGAUAAAGAAAGUGGAUCAACUUCUUUUUUCUGCAGAGGCGACAGACGAGUAAUGCACUAUUCAUUUCCUGUGUGACUUUUGCCUUGUAGUUCUUCUUCGACUAUAUGCAGUUUCAAAGUUCAUGCAAGUGCAGCAAGUUGGGCGAAUGUGAGGCUGUGACAGCUUAAAAAUUUAAUCGUGUUGUUAUUACAUAAAAUUAUAUCACUUGGGAAGAUUUAAGGUUUGCUAUUUUAAAAUGUUGUCCAACAUUGAUUCGCAAGAUAUGCGAAUUGUAAGGCUGAGAAAUAAAGCCAAGCUAGAAAUCGGCGAAACUAACGAGGACCUUAUUCCGGAAAGAAUUCAAGAAUUGAAGGAACUUAUAAAGGAGGAAGGUGGUGAUAAGUUCCAUAUGCAUCCUUCAAGAUAUGACGACUUUUACUUGAAGUGUCUCCGGGCUAGGAAAUAUGAUGUGGACAGGGCUGCUAAACUUUACAAGAAAUACUGCAAUUUGCGCACCAAUACGCUACACAUGGUACCGAAAUUGCUGCCAUCAUGUCAUGCUCAUCUUUACCAUGAUAAGCUUUGCUCCAUCCUAAAAUUCAGGGACAAUCGAGGAAGACAUGUUUUCAUUGUGAGAGUUGAAAAAUGGGAUGCAAAAGAGACCACUUUUGACGACUUCUUAUCCACUUUGUUUCUCCUACUGGACGAGAUCAUCAUCUCAAUCGAUACUCAACUCCAUGGCGUUACUGUCAUCGGGGACCUCAAAGGACUUGGCCUGAGUCAUGUGAGGCUUGUCUCACCAAAUACUUUGAGAACUGCGGCUGGUGUACUGCAGGAUUCUUAUCCAGCAAGAUUUAAAGAAUUUCACGCAAUCAACAACCCAUUCGUAUUCAAUAUGAUUUGGGCUCUUGGAAAACCAUUUCUCAAAGACAAGAUUAGAAAACGGAUGUACUUUCACGGAGGAGAUUUUGCAUCUCUUCACCGGAGCUUGUCAAUUGACGCUAAAUUGCUCCCAGAUUUCUUGGGGGGUUCAGUUCCAGAAAAAGAGUAUGCAGACCUCAACAUUAUUAACAGUUUAUUAAAGAAGGAUGACCACUUUAAAGACUUUUUCAAGUAUGGAUACACUGCAAGGACAUGAACUGGUCUAGAAUAUAAAUACUUUAAUUUAUUAGAAAAUCCAGUCUGCGACCGGUUUAAUUGUGAAGGAAGGUUUCUGUAAUUUAAUGUGAUAUUGUUCAAGGGUGUGGGAUAUUGUUGAAUGGGUGGAAUAUAUAAAUAACCUAUUAAAUAUCUGUUACAUAAUGAGAGCUUCUAAAUAAGUCAAUAAGUAAAAUAAAUAAAUGUCAUGUUGGCAUAAAGUUAAA